GUUAAAGUCUGCCAGAGAUGUGAUUUCACGCACGGGUCACUCCAUGGCCUUAGGCUGCCUUCACAGAUAUUUGGGUGGAAUAGUUUCAAGUCAGCACUUGAAUGCUUGUGUCAGUAUUCUUUAUACUUUGUCUCAAGACAACACCUCUCCUGAAGUUCAGACCUGGGCACUGCACUCCUUGUCAUUGUUAAUAGAUUCCAGUGGUCCAAUGUAUAACAUCCAUGUGGAAUCAAGUCUGUCUCUUGUCUUGCUGCUGCUGUUGACUGUACCGCCUGCUCAUACUGAAGUUCAUCAAAGUUUGGGCCGUUGUUUGAAUGUGCUUAUUAUUACAUUGGGACCAGAACUGCAAGGUAACAGCACAUCUGUCCCUCUGCUAAGAACUUCCUGUCUAGUUGGCUGUUCAGUGAUGCAGGAUAGCCCUGAUUGUCUUGUGCAAGCACAAGCCAUCUCCUGUCUCCAGCAGUUACACAUGUUUGCACCACGUCAUGUGAACCUUUCUAGCCUUGUUCCUAGUCUCUGUGAGAUCUUGUUGGAUAAUUCAGUUUGGGUAGGUUUUUCCCUUGUUGUACCCAUUUUCCUCUUAUUUCCCACCUACAACCAAGCCUCCCCCACCACAGCCCCAAACAAGUGUUG